AUGAAAUUAGUUUUUAUUGUUAUUGUAGGUGUACCGCAAAUGACGGUAGCCGGUUUAGUAGGUCAAGAAGUCGAAUUACCGUGUACAGUAGAUCCGGCAAAAUGUGGUGAACUUCACAGUAUAAAAUGGUACAGAGGUUUAUCUAGAAUAUUCGUUUUUAGCGAAACGGCAAACAUAGCAAAAUCCGAAGGAAAUUUUACCGAUAGUUCUUUUCAAAUGACUCCUCGUCGUUUGCGACACGUCGACGACCGACCGAAAUCAUUUCCGGUUUUUACGAAUUUUACAUCCUGA